AUGGCCCACCAGCUGCUGAAUGUGGACAACCGGGUGGACCGCUCCAGCGCAACGGGUGGACCAGCAUCGCGGGGUAACCCCGCUGCUGAAUGUGGCCUUGGGUGGACGCAUCUGCCGGGUGGUGGAUACACCGAUGAUGUAUGUUUCUACUUCUGCUCACCCGGCCUACACACGUCAUGCUCACCCGGCCACGCGUCAUGCUCACCCUGCCCACACACGUCGUGCUCAUCCAGCUACCACACGCCAUGCUCACCCAGCCCACACGCCAUACUCGCCGGCACACGCCAUGCUCCGCCACCCGGCUUGCUCAUCCGACCCACGCCAUGCUCACCCGGCCCCCACGCCAUGCUCACCCAAUACGCCGUGCGCUCACCCUGCCCGCCGUGCUCACCCAGCCCACACGCCAUGCUCACCCGGUACGCCAUGCUCCACCCAGCCACGCCAUGCUCACCCAGCCAACACGCCAUGUCACCCGGGGCCACACACGCCAUGCUCUCGGCCCCACCGCCAUGCUCACCAGCCCCACCGUCAUGUCACCCGGCCCACGCCAUUCACGCAGCCACACACGCCAUGCUCCACCAUUCCGCUCACCCGGCCCGUAUGUCACCGGCCCUCACCGGCCCACACGCCAUGCUCACCAGCACACGCCAUGCUCACCGGCCCCUGCACGCCAUGCUCACCCCAGCCACGCCAUGCUCACCCAUUACCGCCAUGCUCAUGGCCCAACGCCAUGCUCACCAGCCCACGCCAUGCUCACCCGGCCCAACACGCCAUGCUCACCGGCCACGCCAUGCUCACCAGCCCACACGCCAUGCUCACGGCCACGUCAUGCUCACCGGCCACGCCAUGCUCACCCAGCCCACGCCAUGCUCACCAGCCCACACACGCCAUGCUCACCCUGCCCACACGCCGUGCUCACCUGCCCCCACCGCCAUGCUCACCCAGCCACACGCCAUGCUCACCCAGCCCACACGCCAUGCUCACCCAGCCCACACACGCCAUGUUCACUUGGCCCACCGCCAUGCUCACCCAGCCCACACACGCCAUGCUCACCCGGCCCCACCGCCUGCUCACCGCCCCACGCCAUGUCACCAGCCACCGCUGCUCACCCGGCCCACACGCCAUGCUCACCAGCCCCACACGCCAUGCUCACCUGCCCCACACGCCAUGCUCACCAGCCCACACACGCCAUGCUCACCCAGCCCACACACGCCAUGCUCACCCACUAACACAGCGCAGAAUGCAUCCCUGCCAUCGCCCAGCCACCCUAG